UAUUCCGAGUGAACUAGUCUCGAAACUGAGACUCGGGGGUUUCGAUUGCAGCGCGAGGCCUCUCGAAGCUUUGGUGGAUUCCUGUUCCUUUCUCUCUAAAUUUGGUCUGAAACCUGUAUGGACGCCGGCGGCUUAGAUUCCAAUGGUCGUGACUUCAAGACCGCAGAUGAGAUGUGGCGGGAACAAGCGGGUGAUCCCGACAAGAAAACUGAGUGGUAUCGUCAUGGAGUUGGCUAUUGGGAGGGCGUGGAGGCAUCAAUGGACGGGGUAUUAGGAGGAUUUGCAAAUGUGAACGAACCUGAUAUAAAUGAUAGUGAGGCUUUCCUGAAAAUGGUCCUGUCUGAGCGUUUUCCUACUGGUGUAAAAGACCGACCGGUUGUUGCUCUUGAUUGUGGUUCUGGCAUCGGCAGGAUCACCAAAAACCUUCUUAUUAGGUACUUCAAUGAGGUUGACCUCCUUGAGCCAGUAUCUCAUUUCUUAGAGGCUGCACGAGAAACUUUGGCUUCUGGAAAUCAUACGGAUUCAGAUAUCCACAAAGCAGUUAACUUUCAUUGUGUGCCUCUUCAGGAUUUUACACCAGAUACUCAAAGAUAUGAUGUAAUAUGGAUCCAGUGGUGCAUUGGUCAUCUUACAGACGAGGACUUUGUGUCUUUUUUCAAAAGGGCAAAGGUUGGCCUCAAACCAGGUGGUUUUUUUGUGCUGAAGGAGAAUAUUGCAAGAAAGGGAUUUGUGCUUGACAAUGACGAUCGAAGCAUUACAAGAUCUGAUUUAUACUUUAAAGAACUCUUUGCUAGAUGUGGAUUGCAUAUUUUUAAAAUAAAGGAUCAGAGGGGAUUCCCUGAGGGAUUAUUUUCUGUCAAGAUGUAUGCAUUAACCACCGAUAUUCCAAAGAAGAUUCACCGCGCCAAAUCUAAAGUACGAGCUAAUAGACCUGGAAUAAUCAAGACCGGCUUUUGAGUUGGAUGCCGGGCUUGAACAAUGAACUGGAACAUUUUUCAUGGAGUCGGAAUCAUGCCUAGUUCGGAAACGGGGGAAAACAGAAAGAAAGAAUGAAGGAUUGGUUGAGAGCUUGAACCUGAGACUUAGAAAAGGAAGAAAAUAAGGAAGAAUGAAAGAAAGACAACAGACAACCACCAAGGAAAAGAUCAAAAAUUGGUGAUUCUACCUCGACUUAUUUGGCAAUGGCAAGGUAUCGACAAUGGAAGAGGCUACCCAGAGGCCGGAAGGAAAUAAUGGAAGAUUUGGGCCAUAUUUGUUACUAAAAUAGAAUGGAAUGUAAUUGAUUGAAAAAAUAAAGAUAAAAAUAAGAUGAUUAAAGAAGAUAGAUGAGUAUAUUCACAAAGAGGAGGGGUAAUUUAGUUUAUAAGGUUGAAAAUUAUAAUUUGAGAUUUUUGGAGGGUGUACAUU